GACUGCGGAACAGCUGAGAGCAAAUCAACACAGCACUGAAACUGACGGACGCUUUGGAAAAAGGGCUUGAGGGGGAAAAAAAAACACAAAACCCCACAACAAAGCACAUUGGUAUAGACAACCGUGGAAGGAGAACCAUCGAGGAAAAAAAAUCGGUGAAGGAGCCUUGACAGAUAAAAACAGUUCUGUUAACCAAAAGGAUUUAAUUAGAAGAACAAAAAGCGAACGAUGGGCCGUAUCUUCCUGGACCACAUCGGAGGCACUCGCCUCUUCUCCUGCGCUAACUGUGACACAGUCCUGACCAAUCGCUCUGAGCUCAUCUCCACACGCUUCACAGGAGCAACAGGCCGUGCUUUCCUCUUCAACAAGGUGGUGAACCUGCAGUACAGCGAUGUCCAGGACCGGGUGAUGCUCACAGGGAGGCACAUGGUGCGUGAUGUCAGUUGUAAAAACUGCAACAGUAAGCUGGGCUGGAUCUAUGAGUUUGCCACUGAGGACAGCCAACGCUACAAAGAAGGGCGCGUAAUCCUAGAAAGGGCACUAGUAAGAGAGAGUGAGGGAUUUGAGGAACAUGUGCCAUCUGAUGCCUCCUGAAUCUCUUGUCUCUUUUAACUCUAUCUCUCAAUCUCUCUCUCUCUGUUACGCUGCUCAUCUCAGUCACUGCCGUGUUCGAACACGAUCUGAACAAUGUAUCUGCUUCUCACGAGCUGGUCCAGCCUUGUUUAGAGACUGCUAAUAAACAACAAAACCGAUUCAGCAGCCCAUCCAUGGCUUUAUAAAGCAACAAAACCGCACCUGCAUCCUCUCUCUACAGAUCUGUAAAGUUUAAAAAAAAAAAUAAUCCAACCACUUCUCUAGGGCUCUAUAAAACAGCAAACUCAGCCCCACAGUCCAGCAGCCACUCUGUUGAUCAUUAACUCAAACAAAGAAAAAAAUCUGGCUGCCGGUCAAAGUUUAUUCAGGUACACACUUGCAAUUUAGGCUCUAUAGAUCUGGAUCUGAGCUAAGCAAUUAAUAAUUAGAGCAGGUAGAGGUUCUCUUUAUGAGGGAUGCAUUUGCUAGUUCAGCAGAACGCAAUGUCAGUUUUUGCCAAGAUGCUGAAGUCUCCGAGUCUUUUUUCUCAGAGCAUGUCCUAUUUCAGUCCUCAAAUGUAGAGAGUGACGCCAGGGGAAGAUGGUGUCGAUGGUCCCUUGCUAUUUAUACAUGUUUUGGAAUUUGUGGAUAGUAAGUACCCUCUGUUAAUGAUACUCAGUUGAGCACCAUUUUAAUUAGCAUUAUUCUUUUUCUUGUUUUUAGUUGAGGUGAUAUAUUUUUUUCUUUUCCUAAGACGUUGAUAAAUGUGUUCAUUUGAUCUUAAUAAAGUAAAUGGUGUUGCUCAGG